ACCUGUCUUUAGCGGGUGACUAGCCGGGGCGUGCUGUGAUGUAAAAUGAGGGGUUGCGAGGCCGGACUGAGCUGGACCAAUGAGGAAAGGCAAGGGGCUGGUUUGCCUGUUCUCACGCCCCACCCCCAGACCCUGCUGGAGGAAAGUUUCCCUUGUAAGAAGGAGAGGAGCGAACAUGGCAGCGCGUUGGUGGUUUUGGUGUGUUUCUGCGACUAUGGCGGCGGCGCUGCUGCUCGUCUACGAGGUUCCCUCGGCCUCUGCCCAAAGAAAGAAGGAGAUGGUGUUAUCUGAAAAGGUUAGUCAACUGAUGGAAUGGACCAAUAAAAGACCUGUAAUAAGAAUGAAUGGAGACAAGUUUCGUCGCCUUGUUAAAGCUCCACCAAGAAAUUACUCCGUUAUUGUCAUGUUCACUGCUCUACAACUUCACAGACAGUGUGUCGUUUGCAAGCAAGCUGAUGAAGAAUUCCAGAUCCUAGCAAACUCCUGGCGAUACUCCAGUGCAUUUACCAACAGGAUUUUUUUUGCCAUGGUGGAUUUUGAUGAAGGCUCUGAUGUAUUUCAGAUGCUAAACAUGAAUUCAGCUCCGACUUUCAUCAACUUUCCUGCAAAAGGGAAACCCAAACGAGGUGAUACAUAUGAGUUGCAGGUGCGGGGUUUUUCAGCUGAGCAGAUUGCCCGGUGGAUCGCAGACAGAACUGAUGUCAAUAUUAGAGUAAUUAGACCUCCAAAUUAUGCUGGUCCCCUUAUGUUGGGAUUGCUUUUGGCUGUUAUUGGUGGACUUGUGUAUCUUCGAAGAAGCAAUAUGGAAUUUCUCUUCAAUAAAACUGGAUGGGCUUUUGCAGCUUUGUGUUUUGUGCUUGCUAUGACAUCUGGUCAGAUGUGGAAUCAUAUAAGAGGACCACCAUAUGCUCAUAAGAAUCCCCACACAGGACAUGUGAAUUAUAUCCAUGGAAGCAGCCAAGCCCAGUUUGUAGCUGAAACACACAUUGUUCUUCUGUUUAAUGGCGGAGUUACCUUAGGGAUGGUACUUUUAUGUGAAGCUGCUACCUCUGACAUGGAUAUUGGAAAACGAAAGAUAAUGUGUGUGGCUGGUAUUGGGCUUGUGGUAUUAUUCUUCAGUUGGAUGCUCUCUAUAUUCAGAUCUAAAUAUCAUGGAUAUCCAUACAGCUUUCUGAUGAGUUAAAAAGGAUCCCAGAGAUAUGUAGACACUGGAGUAGUGGAAAUUGAAAAAUGAAAAAUGUGCGUGUGUUUGAAAAGAAGAAUGCAACUUGUGUAUUUUAUAUUACCUCUUUUUUUCAAGUGGUUUAAAUAGUUAAUCAUUUAACCAAAGAAGAUGUCUAGUGCCUUAACAAGCAAUUUCCUAUCAAAAUCAUGAAGUAUUUGGGAAUUAUUCUUUUUAACUUUCUCUUUCUGAUGAACGUUAUGGAACAUUUAAUUUAGUAGAAAUAAGUACAUUAUAAAAAUUUUAAAACUACUACUUUGUUUUAAUUAGAACAAAUCUCAAAACUGCUUUAGUUAACUUUUGGUCAUCUGAUUUUAUAUUGUCUUAUCCAAAGAUGGGAAAAGAAAGUCCUGACCAGGUGUUCCCAUAUAAGCUUAUUAUAGAUAACUGCAUCAGGAAUCCAUUCUUAGCUUUUCCAUCUUUGCAUGGAUGUGUAUGCUUUACACAUCUUUCAUUUUGGAUAGAGAAAUUAUAUGUGCCAUGUGGUCUUCUGAAAACAGAACACCAUUCUUCAGAGUACACAUUUAGCUUUUUAAAAAAGUCCUCCUCCCCUCUGCAUUUUUCCUACUGAAAUACAGUGCUAUCUAUGCUUCUUGAUAGCUGCAGACAUUAAAAAGUAUUCCUAAAUACAUGAUUAUGAUUUCUGCAUGAGUGUGGUGGUAACUACUUUGUAUCUGAAAAGAUUUCAGAUUCAUUUCCUCUCCUUAGUUUUAUUUAAGGUAGCCCUUCUCUAAUAAAAAAUACAGCUUAGUGCUAAAAUCAAUGUAACAUAUAAAUGAUCUAAAAUGUAUCUGCAAAUUAGAGAGUGUCACUUAUUUCAUUUGUACCUAAAAGAAAAAUAGGCUCAGUUGUGUUUAGGAAAAGGACUCCCAUAGAGUGGGAAAAGAAAAUCAUGAAAUAUUAAGUUGUUGCAUGUAUAUAGAAAUUAAGUGUUUCUUGAAAGGUGUUCUGUUUUUGCUAUUAUUUUAGCCUUUAUUCUCUUCCUUCAAGUGAGGAAACAAAGUAAAAAUUUGAAGUUUUGUUUGAAUUUUGUCUUUUUUUUUCUGUCAGUGGAAGUAACCAUAUGUCUUAACCAAAUUUCUGUGAAGAAUAUUUUCAUGGUUAUCAUUAUGUCUAACUAUAACCUUCCCCAUAGCUAUGAAGAGUAACCUAAAAUGCCACUAUUAUGGAAGUAUGAGAAUUGUAAUUCUGAAAAUAUAAUUUUAAAGAAAUCUUAGAAGUAUUACACUAAAAAGAAACUGUGACUGCCUCCUGCUACUUACCAACUAAUAAUCUCCCAUGUGGUAUAGCUAUCUUAUAUAAUAGAGGUUUACAGAAGGAGAUGGAUAUAAUUGCCUCAGAAUAAAUGUUUUAUGUCGGUUUUUGUUUUUAUCUUUUGUUAGUAGAUGUGGUGGGUGGGGGAAUAUAGUUGGCCUUUUACUCUUUAAUGGACUCACAUUUUGGUAAUUACUCCCCUGUAAAUUAUGUGAUUCAAGAUUCUUUAUCUGCUGUUCUGUACUUAUCUCAGGCCAAAUAAAUUUAUGCUGUGAUUCUUAUGAGACUUAUAUGAAGAUGCCCUGUUUUGUACAAACAUUGACCAGGGGACUACUACCGCUAUGUAGUCUGUACAGCUCCAGAUAGUUUGCCAUGAGCAUUGAUAAAAUGACAGUUUCUUGUGUUUGUUUUGUCUCCCUUUAAGAGCAUAUUCUUCUUCUAUAAGGAGAAAGAUUCUGGAUAAAGUAUGUUGAAAGCAGAUUUAUUACACUUACAUAGUGUUACUUUUGUGGAAAUUUUGAAAUUAGCUUUCAUCUAAAGUGCCUUAAGUAGACUCUUAAUUUACUUUUUCUAUGAUAGCAAUGGUUUAAAUAUCAUUUGUUAUGCCUUUUUUAAGAUACUGUUCAAAAUGACAGAUUAUAGUGGCAAAGAUAACCAAAUGUCUGGCUGUUUGCUUUGUGACCAUAUCAAUAAACUUUUACAAUCUAAA